AUGUCUGACUAUCGCACUUACCACGCUUCCCCGGCUAACUGGUUCCCCGUCUCCUAUCCCGAGGAGAUGGAGUGGCAGCCAGAGCCUGAAAUCCAGCUUCAGCCGCCCGCUGUUGCUGUUCCUUCUAACCCUUCUCCUCUCUCCUCUCUCCUCUCUCUCCCCCCCUCUCUCCCUUCCGCUCUCUCUCUCUCUCCUCCUCUCUCAUCCUUCUCUAUCUCUCAUCCUCCUUCUACUAACCCUUUCACCACGGAGCGACUUGCUCGUGAAAGCGGUGAUCCAAUGGAGCUCGAUGAGGAGCUCCCAGUUCAGCCCCCUGCUACCAACAAGCGUGGUAGAGGGGAUGGACCUCGCGACUCGCGUAAGCGUGCUCGUGUUACUAACUCUCCUCCCCCUUCUUCUUUCCGCAAACCCCAUCCUUCUUCUAACCGCAAUUCCCCUUCUUCUUCUUUCCGCAACUCCUCUACUUCUUCUAACCGCAAUCAUCCUCCUUCUUCUUUCCGCAACUCCUCUACUUCUUCUAACCGCAAUCCUCCUCCUUCUUCUUUCCGCAACCCCUCUACUUCUUCUUACCGCAAUAACAACCGCAACCAGCGUUCUUCUAACAAGAGGAACAAGAGGCGCGAUCGUCUCGACGCCGAUGGCGACGUCGAGAUGGCCUCAGCUCCUCCUCCUCACAAGAACCGCAAGGGGAACCAGAAUCCCUUUGCGCGUUCUUAA